GAACCUUUCUAUGUGGGAGAAGAGCGCAGACAGUCCGGGAGCGAAGAUUGCCUGUGAAGCAUAUUGAGUAUCGUUAGUGGAUAGAACAGAAAAAGUUGAAAAUCGUGAUGGCCUUCGGUGAUUAUCCGGCAGAGUACAAUCCAAAAGUACAUGGGCCGUACGAUCCAGCUCGGUACUAUGGUAAACCGGACACUCCAUUCGGACAAGUAAAGCUAAAUGAGAUUGGCGCUUGGUUCGGUCGUCGCGACAAAAAUCCUCGGGCCUUGUCUGGUGCCGUAAGCCGUGCUUUCUGGAGAUGGCAGCAUAAGUACUGGCAGCCGAAGCGAAUGGGAAUCGCUCCGUUUUUCCAGGUCAUUGUUGGAUCUAUGGUGUUCUUCUACACCAUUAAUUACGGUAAACUGAAGCACCACAGGAACUACAAGUACCACUAAAGAAUCGAACGGAACAGAGAACAGGAAGGCGUUAUGUAAGAACAAUACACGUCUGGGGAGGGUCAUUUCCGAAUAACAGGACCACAUCAGUAGGAAAUAGACCAGUUGGAAUGUUCUCUAUAAUUUUAUUCGGUAAUAGAUACGAAUUAUGUAAUUGAAGAAUAAAUGUGUAGAUGCACUGUAAA